CUGUAGUAAUCGACACGUUUAUCCUGCACACUAUCUUAUUUGUUCAUAGCGUAGUAUGAGGCUACGUACGCACAUCUAUGGAUCCUUUUUUUCUGUGCAUACUGCUGCCUUUUACGACUAUGCAGAUCAUCUGCUUACAGACAGACAUAUCAGCCUCUUGUACAGGGUACUUAACUGUUUAUCCACUUAUUCAUGUCGCUUAUGAUAUCUAUUUUCGAAGAGAAAUAUUAAAAGGAAUAACAUUCGUGUUUGGAAGGUGUAGACUGGGUUUCGGCCGAACCAGGAUUUAGGAUGCAGGUCGCGCCCGGUUACAA